AUGCGUACCUUUACCGCACUUGCCGGACUAAGUCUGCUGGCCAGCUCUGCCCUCGCAAAACCCAUCACCCUUGCGAGCCGCAACUCUUCUUCUACCGCCCAAAACGUUGUCUACUGGGGCCAGAACGGUGGUGGUACCAUUGAGAACAAUGACCUCGCUGCAUACUGCAACUCAACUUCGGGCAUUGAUGUCCUUGUGAUCGGUUUCUUGUACCAGUAUGGCAACGGUAACGACGUCCCUGGAGGUCUCUUCGGACAGUCCUGCACCAUCACCUCAGGCAAGGGCCAGAACUGCGACAGCUUGGCCGCGGCCAUCCCAACCUGCCAGAAGGCUGGCAUCAAGGUUGUCCUCUCCCUCGGCGGUGCUAGCGGCGGAUACUCUCUGCAAUCUACCGCAGAGGCCCAACAGAUUGGCCAGUACUUGUGGGAUUCAUACGGCGGCGGUUCCGGAAACAGCACUUCCAGACCACUUGGCGACGUAGUUGUGGACGGCUUUGACUUUGACAUUGAGAACCCCAACGGCGCUGAAUACUACCCCGAUAUGAUCUCGACUCUUCGCUCCAACUUCGCCAAGGACACCAGCAAGACAUACUGGAUUACCGGUGCCCCUCAAUGCCCUAUCCCUGAGCCCAACAUGGGUGCCAUUAUCCAGAACGCCCAGUUCGACAAAAUCUGGGUCCAGUUCUACAACAACAACAACUACACCCACCCUUGCGCUCUGGGUAUCAACGGCGAUGCUGCCUUUAACUGGGACGAGUGGAAGUCCUUCACCGCCAACAGCUCUUCCAAGGAUGCUCAGAUCUAUGUUGGUGUCCCUGCAUCCGAGCUAGGUGCCAAUGGUACUCCCACUGGCUCUGUCUACUACGCCACUCCCUCUCAGCUUGCCACCAUCGUUAGCUCCGUCAAAGAUGAUGAGCGCUUCGGCGGUGUGAUGAUGUGGAGUGCUGGUUUCUCUGACGCUAACGUCAUCGACGGCUGCACCUACGCCCAACAGGUAUCCAGCAUUCUCAAGACUGGCUCGCCAUGCUAA